AAGAGAAAUAUGAGGGCGUGGAGGGGCUGCAAGGAGGCCAGGGAUUCAGGGUCAAGCGAGUACAGGUCGUCAACAAUCAAAGGAACACCGAGGGUGUGCAACAGUUCUCUGGAAUACAAGUAUCACUAUAAGGCAGGCAAUUGAACAAGUGACGCGUCAUACGUGAAUACGCCCGGAUCAGAUUCCAUUAAUUGCCAUCCAUUGGAUUCGUCUUCGUCUGACAUUUUGAUUAUUCCUGACACGUAGUAUAUAAUAGUAUACCAGAGGAUGCAGAGUGGCAAGCCUGCAGUAGAAAGGUAAAAUUUCAGUGACGCGUACCACCACGUGGAUGAUUUAUUUGUCCAACCUGAUCGACACUCUUGCAGCCAAACAAAUCUUCAGAGUGCUCCUCUUCCAUGUUCAACGAAGCUGAAGGGUCUUCAUCUGACCCCAAAGUUGCUAAUAGAGCCAGGUUUGAGGUCGAGCUCGAAUUUGUACAAUCUCUCGCAAACCCUUUCUAUCUGCACUCUCUGGCCCAGCAGAAUAUCCUGGAACAGCCGGCUUUCAUUAACUUUCUAGAAUACCUCCAGUAUUUCCGGGAUAAAAACUAUGCUAGAUUCAUUCACUAUCCUCAUGCAUUGCACCACCUCGAACUACUCCAGCAUGCUCAGUUCCGCGCCGAAAUGAAGAAGGAUGAAUUUUUGAGAGAACAUCUGAAUCAGAAACAGUUCGACCACUGGAGAACAUGGCGCGAUCCGUCGCACACGAACAAAACUAAUGAUACGUUCCCGGUGGAUGGGGCAGAGGGACAAGCUCAAAAUGGUGCGACGAGGAGUGCCUAGGAAGGUUCUUCAGCGCUUAAUUAAUAAUUACGAAACAUGAUGAUGAGAAUACUGUUGAGAACAUAGAUGCCUGUCCAAUCA